UAGAGAGAGAAUUUCUAUAUUAACAAAAAAAUCGGUAAAUGUAAAAAAAUUGUUGAAGUUAUUUAUUCAUAAAAAUGGGUGUCAAAAAAGAAAAUAAUGAUGAAAAUAAUUUCACUUUGGAAGCACCAGAUGGAGGCUGGGGAUACAUGAUUGUUUUAGCUACAGUUAUAAUUUAUGGCGCAACUAUUAUUCCUAUGACAUCAUUUGGACUAGUUUUUGGAAAUUUUCUACAAUCAAUUGGAGAUGAAACCACAGGAACCACUUUGACUAAUGGCAUUUUUAAUACCGUUAAUUCUUUCACAGGUCUUCUUGCCAAUGGAUUACUGAACAAAUUCUCCUACAGAAUGGUUGGAUUUGUAGGUGCUAUUAUAUUCACUUUGGGAGCCGUGGGACUGAUAUUUGCCCAGAACUUGUAUCAAAUGAUUAUAUUUUUUGGUGUAGUACAAGGUAUCGGAUUUGGUUUGCUGAUGCCUGCCUCCCUAUCCGCUUUCAAUUUAUACUUCAACCAAAAAAUGGCCGUAAUGAUGAGCGUUUGCCAAGCCUUCAUGGUAUUGCUGAGCAUGACAUUCCCACAGGUUGCAGCGUUCAGCAUGAAUCUUUUAGGAUUCAGAGGUACUCUAAUGGCACUGGCGGCAUUGAGCGCCCUCUGUUUUCCAGCUGUUGCUGCAUUGCAACCAGUAGAACGUCAUCUGAGGAAGGUUUUUAUGCAAGAGCCAAUAAACUGUACUGUAAUUCCAGUUGAAAUGACUGUUGUUCCCGAAGAAACCCUAUCAACUGAACAAACGAAAUCUCCACAAGAAGAACCUCUAAUGCGCCAUCAUUUAGGAGCAAGUCAAAGAAGUUUACAUUCGGGAAUCUAUAAUGUACGAUCUAGAAAAUCUAUAGUCUCACUAGGCGAUCGUUUUGCCUCAGUUACCACCAUUAAUGAAAUUAAAGAUGAAGAUUUUGAUGGAGGAAAGAAAAAGGCGGCAAUUGAAGAAGACAAUUUGUCAUUUUGGCAAUCCUUCAUAAAAUCCAUGGACAUGUCUCUACUCAAAGAUCCCAAAUACCUUAACAUAAGUAUAGGGCUGGCCCUGUGCUUCACAAGCGACAUGGCGUUUAUAUCAAUCAUUCCUCUGAUGCUCGGUAAUAUUGGAUUUACAGCGGCGCAAAUAGCAACAGUAAUGUCGGUAUUUUUCGGAUGUGAUUUGGUAUCCAGAAUAUUACUGACCCUGGUAUCGAGUUUUGCCAAAUUUAAAAGUAGAUAUUUGGUGUUGUGUACUUCGGUAUUGAUUGUUGCUGCUAGAAUUGCUCUCGUUGCUAACGAUACCUACAUGUGGAAACUAGUAACGUUGGGAACUUUAGGAUUUUUGAGGUGUUUCAUCCAGACACCUUUGCCACUUGUAAUAUCGGAAGAAUACCAAGACAAAUUUUCUACAGCCUAUUCGUUAUUUAUGGCUGUUAACGGUGUUGUCAGUUUAAUUUGUGCACCAUUGAUGAGUUUUGUAAAAUCACUAACUCAAAGUGACGAUAUGGUAUGUCACGUUUUGACCUCAGCAUACGUUAUUUGCGUCAUGGCUUGGUGUGUUGAGAUGGUGAUGUUUAAUCGAAAAAAGACACAAGACAAAAUAAUAAAUUAGAUAAUCAGUUUUAUGAUUUAUAUUUCAGAAAGGUGGGAAUAAGGAGUUAUGUAUUGGAAAAAUGUGAUUUGAUGAAUAAAAAGACAUUGACAAUCUUA